UCGCAUCGGCCGGAGAUGUAUGGCGUACGUACGCCGACUAUAAAGCUUCCUCUCCGGCCGGCACAGGCCCAUAUCCCUCACCUCCCACACCACAAACCGCGCCAUCACUCGCAUUCACAGGGCAUCAGACAGACAGGCGAGGCCGGCCACAUACCACACCUCCACGGCCAUGGAGCACCGCCGGAGCCGCCCCCCCCUGGAGGACCACGCGGGCCCUUCUCUGUAAGCAGCCUGGCGAUGCUGCUGGUCGGGGCGCUGCUGCCCGCUGCCUCGGCCGCGUCGGCGGACGGCUGCCCUGUCGGCGGCGAGCGGGCGAGCAAGGAGCAGGGGAGGAGUGGCCGUCGUCAUCACCGGAAGCAUGAGGUGGCGGAGGAGCUGUGGGUGUUCGGCGACUCGUACGCGGACACGGGGAACCUGGGGAACCUGGGGCGGGAGCUCACCCACGCCUGGUACGACCCCUACGGCCGCACCUUCCCGCGCCGCCCCGCCGGCCGCUUCUCCGACGGCCGCGUCCUCACCGACUUCGUCGCUUCGGCGCUGGGGAUGCGGACGCCGGUGGCCUACAAGGCGCGGCGGCGGGCGUCGCGGGAGAC